AUGCCAUCCCCAAUUCCUCUGACACGCUUGUUGCCUAAAGACCUUUAUCCAUCUCUAGAUUUUGGAGCUUGCAGCAGUCCACUGGCAAAGUAUUCCAACGAUUCCACCCUACGAAUUCCAACUCAACGGUUCCAUGGGAAGGUCGCAACCAGGCUAUGGUCAUCCACCAUUGAUUGGAAGGAACUGCAAUCCAUGCAGCCCAUCGGGUCUGGGGGUUUGGCCGUUUACAGAAGUGUGUACUUUGGGGAGACUGUCGCUGUCAAAAAAGUUAAGAAAUGCGUCAAGAAUAAACUCGCCUCCAGGCAAAGUUUUUGGGCUGAGCUAAAUGCAGCUCACUUACGCCAUAAGAACAUUGUGCGAAUUAUAGCAGCUACCACGUGUAUACCGGAGAAUUUAGAAAACGGUGACAACAUUGGCACAAUAGUGAUGGAAUACGCAGGUGAACGAACUCUCCACCAGGUCAUCUACGGUUGCGCAGAGACGCUCGAAGUGGACAGGUGGAUUACGUUUUCCAAAAACAUUGCGCAUGGUCUUCAGUUCUUGCAUUCUCAUGGUAUUGUUCAUUUGGAUAUCAAACCUGCCAAUGUAUUGGUUACGAGGGAGGAUGUGUGUAAGAUUGUUGACUUUGGCUGUUCACUGAAAUUGGAGCUCGGGGGGGAUCGGUCCAGCCCCCAAAUGAGUCUUGGCGGGGGCACUUACACCCACCGAGCGCCUGAGCUGUUGAAGGGGGGAGACGUGUCUCCAAAAUCCGACAUCUACUCCCUUGGCAUCACUAUUUGGCAAAUGAUCACCAGAGAGCAGCCCUAUACAGGUGACAGGCAAUAUGUUUUAUACGCAGUAGUUGCAUACGAUUUACGCCCCUCGGUCACUGAUGAGUCUUUCAAGUCACACCAUGGGGACCUUUGCCGAUCCAUUGUGUCCAAGUGCUGGAGCGGUGAGCCAAGCUGGAGACCAAGCGCUCAAGAUGUCAUCACAGAUCUGGACAAGAUUCGGUCCGAACAUUAA